CGUUCCUGAUCAGUCUUGUUUUUCAGAUCUAUUAUACCUAAUAAAUUGCGUGUUUAAGUGUAUUUUCUCGGGCGUUGGUGUUGCGCGAUGGCCACACGAAGAUUCACCAAGUCAGCCGUUGACUGGGCCGCUUUGUACGAGCGUGUGCCUUCAAAUCAGAAGACCAAUUUGGCUGCCUUCCGGAACAAAUCCGAGACGUACAUGCGGAAGUUGCUUGCAUUUCCGGAGAAUCCUCCGAAAAUCAACUGGGACAUGUACAGACAGUCCAUUUCAGUCCCAGCAUUCGUAGACGCUAUGAAGCAACAGUAUGAAUCCGUGAAGGUACCAUAUCCUGCGGAUAAAUACACUGCCGACGUGGCUGCUCAGGAGAAGGAAGCGGAGGAAUCAACUGUGAAAUUCAUCAAGGACUCGAAUGAUAGGAUCACCAUUUACCAGAACGAACUGGCGAUCUGGGACGAUAUGAUUUCCUUGGAGGAGAUGACUGAAGAAGACUUUUUGGAUGCGUUCCCUCAAAUAGCCAUUAAUCCGGAGAAGCCUUCGAUUUGGCCGCAUGAGCCUGAAUAUCAGCCAGGUUACGUUGACAAAGAGGCUGCGGAUGACGACCAUCAUUGAAUUCAGCGAAUGUGAACGUGUAGCCUGUGGAGAAAAUUGAUCACCCUCGUUGUAGAAACUUCGAUUUGAACGGGAUUUUAUCUCAUUUCUUUUAGUGCAAUCUUUAAUUCUUCAAUUGCUGUUGCUAUUCAUCCGUCAAGCAGUCGAAAUACGACGUUUCUGUAAAGA